AUGUCUCGCUUACCGGUUAUGUCGAGUAAGAGGGUCCUCACAAGCAGCAUCUUGGAGAACUGUCAGGACCUCCAGCCUGAUCAGAAGAGGCUCCGUAAAGACCCGGAUCAUGUUAAACCACAGGCGGCAUCUAUAAUCAUUGGUUCCAAGCGGCCUCCUGUUGCAGCAUCCAGGGCGCCUCUUUCUAAGCCGGUCCGAUCAGGAGCUGCUACGGUGGCUGGUGCUCCUUCCAGAGGUGUCCUGAAGUCAUCUGUUGCUUCAACUGCUGCAAAUGUAGGAAGCAUGAAAUCAACUGGCACAAAAGCAGGUGGGGGCGCGGCCACCAGCCGGCCUGGAUGGGACCUGAAGGGAAAGGUCAGCGACAUGGAGGGUAAGCUCAGUAACUACCAGAGCAAAGUCAAAUCUGUCAACCAGGAGAACGAAUCUCUGAAAGGCUCGAUGGCCCAGAGCCAGUCAAGAAUCAUGGAAAUGGAGAGUGAGCUUGAGAGCCAGAGAAGCCAGAUCAGUGAAUAUGAGGAAGAGCUGCAGGCGCUGUCGGGGGUCAGGGAUGAGUUGGAGAAAGUGUCGAGUGAUAAGAGCACUCUUCAAACAGAGUUCUCCAACUUAGAGGGAAAAUACAAGGUCAUGGAGACUCUUCGUGAUAGCCAAGAGACAGAGCUACAAACUCUGAAGAUGAAGCUUUCAGUAAAGGAGUCAACUCUGGCUCGUCUGCAGAACACCCUCAAAGACACAGAAGAAGAAGUUCGCUCUCUCAAAGACACCGUGGCUCAACAGAAGGAUGAGCUUCACGCUGGUGAGACAGAGCGUCGGCAGCUCUACAACACCAUUGAGGAUCUCAAGGGCAACAUCAGGGUCUUUUGCAGAGUGCGCCCACUGGUGGAUGGAGGCCUCAGCAAACACAUCCAGCUCCUCGACAGUGACAACACAUCAGUAACACUGGCCAAAACUGAGGAGUCUCACACAGGCAAAACUGGUGACAUUCACAAGAAUUACAACUUCAGUUUUGACCGUGUUUUCAGCCCCCAGGCUUCACAGAAGGAGGUGUUUGAAGAGAUCUCCCUCCUGGUGCAGUCAGCCCUGGAUGGCUACAACGUCUGCUGCUUCGCCUACGGCCAGACAGGAAGUGGAAAGACGUACACCAUGGAGGGAGCCGAGUAUGACGACACCAGAGGUGUCAUUCCCAGAGCUGUGCAGCAGAUCUUUCAAGCAGCAGAGAAGCUGGAAGCACAAGGCUGGAAGUUCGCCUUCACUGCAAGUUUUGUUGAAAUUUACAACGAGACCCUUCGCGACCUCCUUUACACUGGAAAGGCCAGCAAGAGACCCGAGCAUGAAAUCCGCAAAUCAGCAAACAACGAAAUUUCAAUCACCAACCUCACCUAUGAGCAGGUCUCCACCGAGGAUCAGGUUCUCGGCUUGAUAGCUGUGGCCAACCAGAAUCGCUCCACUGCCCAGACAGCCCAGAAUGACCGCUCCUCUCGCUCCCACUCAGUCUUCCAGCUGGACAUCGAGGGAGUGAAUGCUGGCAGGGACGUCAAAUGCAAGUCCACUCUGUGCCUGGUGGACUUGGCUGGCAGUGAGCGAAUGGCAAAGAGUCAGUGCCAGGGAGAGCGCUUUAAAGAGAUGACUGCAAUCAACAGCUCCCUGUCCAACCUCGGCAUCGUUAUUUCUGCACUGGCCAACAAGGAGAGCUACAUUCCCUACAGGAACUCCAAGCUUACUUACCUUCUGCAAAGCUGUUUGGGAGGAAACAGCAAGACCCUGAUGUUUGUUAACAUCGCUCCAGAGCCAAACAGCUUUGAGGAGAGCCUCAACUCCCUGAGGUUUGCCAGCAAGGUGAACGACUGUGUUAUUGGAACUGCAAGUGCCAACAGAAAGUAG